GAACGCACUUGUGAUUUUAAUUUUACAAUUAAUUUUCAUUCGAAGGACAAUUUUUACAAUACACUUUUACUGUAUUGGAUAAUAAUGUACAACACUUUUGACACUUUUAGACCUCAUUUUGAAGCAUUAGCGAGAGCUGGUUAUUUCAAAAUUGUUACAAGACAAUCGAAGACAUUGGGAAUGUAUUUGCAUAAUUUUUAUAGGAUUUUGAUAUGGACGGCUGUAUUAAUUUAUAAUUUACAACAUAUUAUUCGUGCUUUACAGGUAAGGCAGUGUACUGAGCAACUUGUGGACACUUUGUUUAUUCUGUUAACAACUCUAAAUUCUCUUGGCAAACAAAUAGCUUUUAAUGUACGUGUUGAUCGCAUUGAUAAAAUUAUCAGCAUCAUUAAUGAUGAAAUUUUCGCACCAAAGAGACCGUACCAUGAACACGUGAUGAAAAUAAACGCAACAUCAAUGAGACGUCUCCUUUUUAUGCAUCACAUUUCUAUAUGUUUUUGUGGUUUUUUAUUUAUCAUGUACCCACUGGUUAACAAAGCGCUGAACAAACCAGUAUUUCUCUCAGGAUAUUUUCCCUUUAAUACCAAUGAUUCGCCCGCAUUCGAAUUAACGGUGACUUUCAUGGGGCUUAUACUUACACUUCAAGCGUAUGGCCAUGUGACAAUGGAUUGCACAAUCGUUUCUUUCUAUGCACAAGCCAAAACUCAAUUACAUAUUUUGAGAUACAACUUGGAACAUCUUAAUAAUGUUUUAAAACUAAAAAAUAGAAAAAGUUUUUAUAUCGACGAAGAUAGAAAAUGUAAAAAAAUUAUUCACAAAAAUUUUGUUGAUUGUGUGAAACAUCAUGGAGAAAUUGUUUGGUUAGUAAAAGAGGUUGAAUCUAUAUUUGGUGAAGCAACAAUUGUUCAAUUGGUUGUUAUGUUAUGGGUUAUAUGUAUGACCGUGUACAAGAUUGUUGGGCUCGACAUCUUAUCAGCGGAAUUCUUAACUAUGGGAACUUACCUUUGUUGCAUGAUGACACAGCUUUAUAUUUACUGCUACUACGGCACACAAUUAAAAGUAGAGAGUGAGUUAGUGAAUGACUCAGUGUAUCAAUCCUCGUGGCUGUCACUGUCUCCGGCCUUCCGACGUGGCUUGCUCGUGAUGAUGGAGCGAUGCAAGCGCAGCAUAGAGCCGCGUACAGCCUACAUCAUACCCUUGUCUAUGGAAACGUAUAUCUCAGUGCUGAGAUCUUCAUACACUCUUUUUACAAUUUUGGAUCGGAAGUAACACUGGAUUACUUUAAUGUUUUUGUCGACUGUGUAGAGUUCUAUACUUAAUACAAACUAUUUAAUGUAGAUUUUCAUGUUUAAAGGUAGAUUUCACAUAUUUACGUGAUUUAGGAACUUUAUUUUAUAUAAGAUUAAAAAAAAAUUGCAUACUAAGAUGUUUUUUGUUACUUUUCAGUAAUCUAUACCUACAUAUUUCCAUCAUGAAAUAUGUUUAAUGUUACAAUAUCAUCCAUGUUUGUUUAUGAUAAUGUCAAUUAAUUACUUAAUGAAUAUUGUAAAACAUUUUAAAUUUAAUAUAAAUCGGAUCUGACAUUUAUUUAUUUUCAAUGGAGAGAUAAAGCAAUUUAGAAAUAGUUUGAUGUUGGUUUGUGUAUCAUUGGAAUCAUCAGAGUAAUAAACAUUCGUAUAGCACUAAAAAUAUUUCUCUAUCAUUUAUUUGCGGCAGUAUUCUCGUAUUCGUGUAAUUAUUUUAGGAAUAUAGUUUUCGUAUAUUUAAAAGUUCCGUGAAGGCGGGCGUCUGACUCACGGAG